UAGCCCAAUUGCAAAAUCCAACCCCUUCAAUCCAAUUCAUCCAUUUCUCUCAAAACACACACAGAUCCACCUCCUGCUGGCUGCUACUGCUUCUGCUGCUGCAAAUAUUGUUGUUGAUAGAUUGCAUAUAUAGUGAAAAUGAUGGCAAUGGGUGCUUCUGCACUGCAAAUAACUACGGUCAGACCAUCCGUGUUUCUUACACAAAGAAGUAUUGGGAUUAAAGUAGCAAGUUUUGUGCAAGAAUCCGAUAGAAUUUUGUCGUCUAGUCUUACUAGCUCCUCUCACGUGUCGUCUGUGUUAAAGACUAGAAGACGUUUCACAGAUAGUCUUACGAGGUUUGAAACGUUUGUUACAAGGGCAAUGUCAGAAGUUGCUGAAAGCAAGUCUGUAUCCCAGCUUUCGAUUAAUUUGAAAGGUAAAAGGGCGUUUAUUGCCGGUGUUGCUGAUGACAAUGGAUAUGGUUGGGCUAUUGCAAAGUCUUUAGCUGCUGCAGGUGCUGAAAUUCUUGUUGGGACAUGGGUUCCUGCGUUGAACAUAUUUGAAAUGAGUCUACGACGUGGGAAAUUUGAUGAAUCACGUGUGUUGCCAGAUGGUUCUUUGAUGGAGAUUGCUAAAGUUUAUCCUCUGGAUGCUGUCUUUGAUAACCCUGAGGAUGUACCCGAAGAUAUUAAAACAAAUAAACGUUAUGCUGGAGCAAGUAAUUGGACAGUGCAGGAAUGUGCAGAAACAGUAAAGCAAGACCUUGGUAGCAUUGAUAUUUUGGUGCACUCUCUUGCCAAUGGGCCAGAGGUGACGAAACCUCUGUUGGAGACAUCCAGGAAAGGUUAUUUGGCCGCAGUAUCUGCAUCAAGCUAUUCCUAUGUUUCUUUGCUUAAGCAUUUCCUUCCAAUUAUGAACCCUGGUGGUUCCUCAAUCUCUCUUACAUACAUUGCUUCUGAGAGGAUCAUUCCAGGGUAUGGUGGGGGUAUGAGCUCAGCAAAAGCCGCGCUUGAGAGUGACACAAGAGUUCUUGCUUUUGAAGCAGGAAGAAAACAUAAAAUUAGGGUCAACACUAUAUCUGCAGGUCCGCUGGGAAGUCGUGCUGCUAAAGCAAUUGGUUUCAUAGAUACAAUGAUCGACUACUCUUUCGCAAAUGCCCCUCUACAGAAAGAACUAUCUGCAGAUGAGGUGGGGAACACCGCAGCAUUCCUGGCAUCACCAUUAGCUUCUGCCAUUACGGGUGCUCUUAUAUAUGUAGACAAUGGGCUGAACGCAAUGGGCGUUGGAGUUGACAGUCCAUUAUUCACAGAUCUUAACAUUCCAAAGGACAAGCAUUAGCAAUAGUUAUUAUGCAGGUAUAUGUUGAGAAUAAAGUUUUGAACUUCCGGCUAGUAGAAUUAGUUUUUAAUUGUCAGCUAGUCCGCCAAUGAUUAUGUCAACGUAAUCAUGUAAAACUUGCACAAAAUUGUUCAUUAAUUAAGUCGCCAGAGAGCAUAUGUCUACUGAGCCUAAUCUUGCGCAAA